CUCGCCGCCCUUUAGUUGUUAUGACUACGAGGUCGUAAAUCCGCCAUGUUUUCCCUGUUGAAGCGUUGCGACAGAGACGGAGGUCUGGAACGACAUGACUGAAGAAAAUAAUAAUACGGCAGCAACAGUUACCGACCAAACGGAGCAUAGCAACAUCAUCACCAUCCAAACCACACUCGGAGACGAAGAUGAGGAUAUUCAUAAAUGUGGGAGAUGUCUGGAGGAGUUCUCCGCUCUGGAUGCUUUCAUCCAACAUAAACUCAGCAGGAGCUGCAAGCGUCCUCAGCAAGACCAGCAGACAAAUGCUUCCCCAAAUGAAGAUGCUUCCAUUGAGGUGAAAUUAAGUGAAAAUGAUAGUUCAUCUGAUGAAGCGGGCACGUCUAAUGCAGACAAGCGAGAAAACGCAGCAGCUGGAGGAAAAAAGAGAAGCCGCUCUGCAAGCGAGGAUGACAGUUCCAGCUCUGCAAAAGUCGUUUGGAAGUUAAACACAGAGGGACGAUACAUCUGCGACAUAUGUGAGAAGACCUUUAAAACGACAAAUAUUCUGAGAACCCACAUGUUCACGCACACCGAUCAGAAGGACUUUAAGUGUGAAAUAUGCGAGACUGCUUUUAGGACCAAGGGUUCGUUGAUCCGACACAAACGUCGGCACACAGAUGAGCGUCCGUACCGCUGCAAUCAGUGUGGCCUGGCGUUCAGAGAGUCCGGCGCUCUAACCAGACAUCUGAAGUCUCUCACGCCUUGCACCGAGAAGAUUCGCUACAGUCAGUGUAAAGAGAUACUUGUCAGCAAGGAUGGAGUUCGGAAAGAAGUUCAGCCGUCACCUCCUGAACCUGAGAAGGAGCAAAUUCCUGUCGUGAGGGUUGUGGAAGCUGGUCAGGAAAUCAUCCAGAUCGAGGUGGUAGGACAAGUUCAACAGGUCGUGUCUCAGCCUCAAACUGCGACUGUGGUUGAAGCCGACAAUCUAAUCUGCCAGGCCAUCAUAAACUCUGGCAUCGCACUGGAGACCGAAGCCACGGAGGCGGCCGAGCAGGUAGAGGCCCGGUCACCUAAAGCAGUCCUGCAGGCUCCUGAAACUGACGCCAGACUCACUGAGAUCCAGGUGACGGAGGAGUGUGUGGAGACCAUGGCCGAGGAAACGCAAGAAUCGUCUGUGAAGGAAGACGAACCCAUCGAGUCAAAAUUAUACAAAUGUCCUCACUGUGAGCGCAUGUUCAAGACACUGGCCUACCUGAGGGUCCAUGUCAAAGGGCAUGUUGGUUACAAGCCGUUUAAGUGCUUAACAUGUCAGAAGGAGUUCCUGACAGGCUAUGUGCUGAAGAAACACAUGGAGACGCACGUCAGCGAGCGGCGCUACAAAUGCGGAGAGUGCGGCAAACAAUUUAAAGCCAUCGGACACGUGCGGGAACACAUGAGAGCGCAUUCAGACGAGAGGCCGUACCACUGCAGCUUCUGUGACAAGAGAUACAAGACCAAGAAUGCUCUGCAGGUCCAUCACCGCACUCAUGGCGAGGAAAAGCCGUACGUGUGUCCGCACUGCUCCCGUAGCUUCCGGGAAAAGAGCGCUUUAGUGCGACACAUCCGACAUCACACGGGAGAAAAGCCCUUCAAGUGCUCAAAAUGCGGCCGGGGCUUUGCUGAGCAUGGCACGCUCAACCGUCACCUGCGAGCUAAAGGAGGCUGUUUUGCUGUGCAGCAGAAGGACUCUGAACCCGCGGGGGACUCUGAGGAGCAGGAGGUGUCGGCUGAGAGUGUCUCCACCACCAUCGUAUCGGACGACCCUCAUGCUGUGCUGGUGGAGUUCUCCUCAGUCGUGGCAGACACUCAGGAAUACAUCAUUGGGGCACCAGCUGAGGAAGCAGAUCAAGGGGAGGAAGUGGCAAUAAUUCAAGAUAAUCAGCAGCAGAUGGACAGUCAUAUCAUGAAGGUGGUGCAGCAGAUCGUCAGCCAAUCACACGGAGGCCACCAGAUCAUCGUGCGUAACGUGGCCGCAGACGAGACCCCAGGCAUCUCGGACUGUGGAGACACCAUCACCAUCGCCACACCUGAGAGCUUGACCGAGCAGGUGGCAAUGACACUCGCAAAUGCCAUAAGCGAUGGCACCAUCCUCACUACGACAACAGAGGGCACCGUGGAGACGCCCCACACCACAGUUACCAUGGUAACAGCGGAGAACCUUGAGACAAUUGAGCAAGAGGAGCAGUACGUCAUCGCUUCACCCGACGAAAUGGAAAUCCAGACUGUGGUAGUGGUAUAAGAUAUGGAAGCCCGUUUUCGCCACUGAAUAAAAAAUAAAAAAGGUUAUUGCGACUUUUUAUCUCACAAUUCUGACUUUUUUUCUCAUAAUUGCGUGAUAGAAACUCGCAAUUGUGAGUUAAAAAGUCAGAAUUGCGUGAUAGAAACUCGCAAUUGCAAGACAUAAAGUCGCAAUUCAAUUUUUUUCCCCCCUCAAAACGACUUUAACUCGCAAUUGCGAGUUUAUAUCUCACAAUUCUGUGAAAAAAAGUCCGAAUUGUAAGAUAUAAAGUCGCUAUAACCUUUUUUUUUUUUAUUCAGUGGCGGAAACGGGCUUCCAUACUAAGAUGCAGGUUGUGUUAAUUUAAUAUGUUUUGUUUGUUACAUGAACAGCCGUGCUGUAGCAUUUCGGUUCUCUGGGAGGCCUUAAUCCACAUGUUUUGCACUGCAAGAUGGGUUCAUAACUUUUGCUUAUGGAAACUUUCAAAAGUUUGUGUGUUGUGUUUUAAGCAGAUUGUUUUCAAGCUGCAGGUUAUACUAAAGAACUGAUGCUAUUUUCAGUAGAUGGCAAAACCAUGUUUUUUUCUACAUCAGUUUUUCUCUCUGUUGCAUGGCAUAUAAUCAUAUAUGACUAUCAUCUACUCAUCAUGAAUAUGUAACAUAACAUGUUGCCACCAAUAACGGCCCAUAAAACACCUGGCAGGGAACGAAAGUAUGAAACAUUAAAUAUAUUUUUAUGUA